UAUUACAAUACCGAUUUUCAUUAAUACAGUAAAAAAUCGUUAACUUUGAUUUUUUAUACGAACAAACGUUAAAUUAUUAUGAACCUAUGAACAGCUAUUUAAUAAAAAAUAAGAAACCAGAUAAUAAAACUCACAAAACCAUGAAAAAAAUUAAAUGUCUGUAGGUACUGUCAAAUUGUCAACGUACCUACUUAAUUUUUGUGAAUUUUUUCGUAACGAUAAUAAGUAUCUAAUUUAGUAUUAGAUUAGAAAUUGAAAUGUAUGCGUUUAUUAAGCCUCGUGGUACUUUCAUUCCUUGGGCAAAAAACAUUAGAACGGCUUACGGUUGCUGCAGAACUGGAACUAGGGAGAUUGUUGGGCACGGUAUAAACGGUUGCGCGAAUUACAAAGAUGAUGUCCUUUUUCCCUUCCCUGCAGUAAGGUUCAAAGAAAUGACUAGAGACAUUUGUGCACUUAAAGAAAAGGAGAAAGGCGAUUGGCGAAUGCUGUGCUGCGAGGAGAAGAAGGCACUGUAUCGCGCCUCGUUUUGCCAAACUUUCGCAGAAUUCCAAGCGUCAACUGGCUUGUGGAAGCUAAUCCUCGGCUAUGUAUUCUUCAUCACAUCAUUUGCUUUCUGGGGUGCCAUGUUUUUUCAUUAUUAUGUAUUUGAGCCGCUUCCGAGCUCAUUCUCGAAGGAAUCGCAGAAGGCACAGUUGCGAAGAAUGCUGGAGUUACGAGUCAACCCUAUUGACGGCCUCUCUUCCCAUUGGGACUACGAUAAUGAUAAAUGGAAGGAUUGAAAUUAUCAUCUUAUAUACCUACCUACCAUUUAAAACAUUGUUAGUUUCUUAAUGAUAAUAAUUAUUUUAUUACAGUAUAGAAGUCUGAAGGCACUUGAUUAAUAAUAUUAAAAAAUUAAAAUAUGA